ACAAUGGAGCAGUGGCUGCCGCUGUUCCGCCACCUCCUCGCCUGCCCCGUCGCCAACGCCGACGCCUUCUCCUCCUUCCCCGCCUCCGGCGACUGCCCCAGCUCGCCUCCCCCGGCGGCCGCGCUCCUCCGCCUCCUCGUCUCCCCGGCACCCACGCUCCCCGCCUCCGCCCCCGACCCCGACCCCACAGCCGCCAUCCUCUUCCAGACCCUCCCGCCCUUCCUCCAGUCCCAGGCGCUCUCCUUUCUCGCCUCCUCCGCCGGCCUCCUCGACCCGCACCUCGUCCGCGCCCUCGCCGCCCGCGUCCUAUCCGGCCCGCCUGGGCGGUACGGAUUCUGGGCCCGUCGCGGCGCCCGCCACCUGCUCGACGGAUUGCCCGAGAAGGAAGGCGUCCCCGGUGUCGCCUCUGAGGAGUUCGUUGAUGGAUUCCACGAGCCGCCUCCGUGUCUUAAAGAAGCGGCGGCGCGGGCGCGUCCUGUCUUGCCGUGGCUCCCUGUUGAUUGCCGGAGCGUCAUGGGGGGCGUGGCCCCUGACCGUGGUGGUGGGGAUGGUUUGGACGGGAUUGGGUUGGAGACGUUGGUGCUGAAGCAAGACGAGGAUUUGGAGAUGCAGGAGGCUGGGUGCGUUCUGCCACCUCAGGCUCCUCCGCUUGCAGAUUUGAUUGUGCAGAGGGCGCUGGAUUUGCAGAAGGAGAUUGUGACGGUAGAAUCUGUCUUGGUGGCCAAGCGAGUGGUGAAAGAUUUGCAGGACCUUUGUGUUGAGUCCAGGAAUGCUGCAGCAGUGCUUAGUUUAGUACAGCCGUGGGAAGCUGAUGAUGACACUCUAAGGGUCUUGCUUUCCAAUUUACUGCUUCCAGAGGAUGGAGUGCAAAGAGGAGGGCUAGCACUUGUUCUGUGUUCUGUUUUCCUACCACAGUUACUCGAGCUUCAAAGACCACCUUCGUCGGUUCUUCUUUCCGCUGCGUUGGAUCUCUGCAAGCUCCACCCAGCUGCAGCACUGGAAGCUGUACUCUUUCCACUGGUUCUUAGAAAGGGCGGGCUAAAUGUUCCCCAGUGUGAUGUGCUAACACGUAUUGUCAAGGAGUGCAUGCAUCCACUGCAUGUCGCUGCUUUCUGCCAUAGGCUGCUUUCAGGGGAGGAGCAAGAUCGGAAACCAGUUUGUAUGCCUCAGCAUCACGAGAAUGUUGGCACUCAUUUGGUCUGGACGGAAUCUCUGUUCGCUCUAUUUUACAGCAUUCUCAGUCAAGAUAUUUGCUUGACACCAAGCACCAUUGGUGAGCUAAUUUCUGUAACUGAUGAGCGGGCAUCAGAGUUCUCGAGGUCACUGAAAUUUGGCAACUUUAUGCUGUGCUUAGUGUCGAAGUGUUGGCAUCAAUGUAAGAAUCAGAGGGUUUUGCUCGAGAGAGCUGCUGAGAGAACCAACACUUUCCUGACCAAAGCUAUAUUGGCAAAACUGCGCCCUGCAAGUUGAAGUUAAAUGUGAAUAACUUGCAUUAUGGAGGAGUGAAAGUGUCUCUGGCCUCUUCUCACCGUACAGCUGAUCCAUCCUUAUCACUGGGAUCUCCAUUUCCCAAGAAACUGGUGAGUAGCAGUCUAACCAGAUGUGUUGUUU